AUGACAAAAGCGAAGAGCCGCGCAAAGCAAUUUCAAGAUCCGGAUGAGCAGAUUGCUAACGAUUACGAUCCGGAAGACAAUGCGCCAGACAGUCCUCAUGGCUCCGAUGGCGACGACAGCCAGGAUGAGAAGGCGGGGACGGAACAUUACGUAUCGGUCGGAAAGAGCAAGUUGAGGAAGAAAGAAGACGCGUCCCUUGGACCAGCGUAUCGGGGCGCUCACGUUAGCCGGUCGAAGCUGUACGAGAAUAGCGACGACAACGACGACGACGACAACGAGGGGAGCGAGAGCGAUGAGGGCGUCGAAUAUGAUGACCCGGAAACCGCCAAUCUCGCCGUCGACACGGCAGAGGCCAGCGAUUCAGAGAUUGACAGCGACAACGCCCUAGCCGAGUCAGAUGCCGAACGCCUCCGUGGCUUUACCUUUCGGGGAAGUUCAAAACCUGCCAAGGCAAAAGGCAAGAGUGGCAACCGAGCCACUGCCGCCGACUUCAUGUCUUCGUCGGAUGAAUCCGACAACGCUGGCGGUGUGAAUGUAGACGACGAUGAGCUAGACGGUGCCUUGACAGACGAUUCUGACGACGAGACCGGCACGGACGAAGGUUCAUCGAAGGGAGCCAACUCUGACAAUGCUGAGGAUUCCGAAGAAGAAGAAGAAGACGAUGAUGAUGAAGAUGAAUAUGGAGACGAUGGUGAAAGCGGCGACGAGGAGGGCGAGGAUGAGCAUGUGGAUGACAGUGACGACGAGUCAGAUGGUGACGACGAGUCGCCGACGAGCAAAAAUUCACAAGACGCCAAGCCUCACUUGGCUGCCUUUUCAAAACAAGCCGAUGUUGCAAAGGGCAAGGCCAUUCAUCAGCAGCGGAAAGCCUACGACGGCCUGCUCAAUCUUCGUAUUCGGCUGCAAAAGGCACUCGUGGCGGCGAAUACGUUCCCAACGCUGGAGAUGCUGCCGGAUGCCGAUUCCGAGCCGUACGAAGCCGCCGAGGAGGCAGCGAUCAAGCUCCUCAACACCAUCAGCAGCCUGAGGGAAAACUUUGGGGCGACGAGCAAGAAGCGAAAGCGUCCGCUGGAGAUGUCCAUGGACAGCGAGGCAAUCUGGGAGCAGAUGCAGGAGGAAGGCCUAGCGGCCGUCGAGUUUCGAGAGGACCGAUUGGAGAAGUGGUCGCGGAAGGUGCAGAGCGUCAACGUAACGGCGCCGGCCCGCUUGGGUCAGGGACGGAGGACGAUGGUCGAAGUGCUGCAGGGGCAGCUUGCCAACCCAGAGCGAUUGCUCCAGCGCACGCGCGUUCCUCGAUCCUGCGCGCCGGCGCAAGCGGCCAAGAAAGCGACCGAGGACGAGGCCAUCUACGACGACGCCGACUUUUACCAGCUUCUGCUGAAGGAGCUCGUCGACCAGCGGACCGUCGACGCGGGCUCCUCGCAAGCCAGCGCGGUGCCGACGGUGAUGCUCACGGCCGUCAAGGAAGUCAAGGUGCGCAAGCAGGUGGACCGCAAGGCGAGCAAGGGCCGGAAGAUGCGCUUCACGGUCCACGAGAAGCUGCAGAACUUGAUGGCCCCCGAAAACAGAGCAUCGUGGGAGGAGCAGGCGGUCGACCGCUUCUUUGGAACGCUCUUUGGCCGGAAGAUGGCGCUGGACGAGGAGGAGAGUUCGGAGGACGAGGCGAUGGAGGGGCUGGACGCCGAGGAAGAAGGCCUGCGCUUGUUCCGCAACUAA